AUGGCUCUUCAGGGAAGAUGCAGUGCAAACCAUGCUAUAGCUCUUACUACCAUUCUUGUUUUUGUGCUGCUUCAUGUCAAGGCCUCUCAGGCAACUACCUUCAUGGUUGGCGAUUCUUCAGGCUGGACUUUCAAUAUAAACAAUUGGGCAAGUGGGAAAAAAUUCAAGGCUGGAGAUAAACUAGUUUUCAAGUAUAAUCCGUCAUUUCACAAUGUUGUUGCUAUUGAUGAGGAUGGCUACAAUGGCUGCAGCACUGCCUCUCCAAGCUCCAAGAUUUACUCCACUGGAAAUGAUGCAGUUAAGCUGUUGAAGGGUCAUAACUACUUCAUUUGUGGUGUGCCUGGCCACUGUGAUAUGGGCUUGAAGAUUAGAGUUAAUGCUUCCUAA